AGACCUCAAGUCGAGUUGAACACUCCCUACGCCCACGAGCGACAAUCCAGCCGUCCAGACGACGUUCCAUACAAUCCUCUACCUGCUGUGCAAGAAGAGAAGAAGACCAACAUGUCGAGCCAACCACCCCACCCAGCCCUGCUCAUCCCAGGCCCCAUCGAGUUCGAUGACCAGGUUCUGCAGUCAAUGAGCCACUUCAGUGAAUCCCAUGUUGGCGCACCCUUUGUUAAGACAUUCGGCGAGACCUUGACCAUGCUCCGCAAGCUCUUCCAGACCCAAGAUCCCGCAUCCCAGCCCUUUGUCAUUUCUGGUUCCGGUACCCUUGGAUGGGACCAGGUCGCUGCCAACCUUGCUGAGCCUGGUGACGAUGUCCUGGUUCUGCACACUGGCUACUUUGCCGACAGCUUCGCCGAUUGUUUCGAGACCUACGGCGUCAAGGCUACCCAGCUCAAGGCCCCCAUUGGAGACCGACCUCAGCUGGAUGAGGUCGAGAAGGCCCUGAAGGAGAAGAAAUACAAGCUCAUCACCGUCACCCAUGUCGAUACUUCUACUGGUGUUCUCAGCGAGAUUGAAGCUCUCAGCAAGCUCGUCCACAAGGUCAGCCCCGACACGCUGGUCGUCGUCGAUGGUGUCUGCAGUGUCGGCUGCGAGGAAAUCCAAUUCGACAACUGGGGAAUCGAUUGUGUUAUUACCGCCUCUCAGAAGGCCAUUGGAUGCCCAGCUGGUCUGAGCAUCGUCAUGGCUUCUGGCCGUGCCAUCAAGUCUCUCCAAAGCCGCAAGGUUCCCCCAACCUCUUACUUUGGCUCGUGGAAGAACUGGAUGCCCAGUACGUAUCAUCAUAUCAUUCGUUCAAUGCCACCACUAACUUGUUCGCAGNUCAUGCAAAACUACGAAGCCGGCAAACCCUCAUACUUUGCUACUCCCUCGCCUCAGCUCGUGCACGCCCUGCACACCACACUCACCCAAAUCACCUCCGUGCCCCUGGCCGACCGCUUCGCCGCCCACCGCACUGCCUCCCAAAAAGUCAAAAAGGCAAUCGCCGACCUCGGUCUCAAGCAACUCGCCUCCAAGCCCGAGAACCAAGCCAACGGCAUGACUGCCAUUUACCUUCCCAAGGGCAUGACUCCUCCCGAUGUGUUGCCUAAGCUUAUGCAACGCGGUGUGGUGUUUGCUGGCGGUCUGCACAAGCAGAUCGCUACGCAGUAUAUCCGAUUCGGACAUAUGGGUGUUAGUGUCACUGAUCCUAAGCGUGGUGAUAUUGAUCGUGCUAUUGUUGCGCUUAAGGAGGGGAUUACGGAGGCACAGGCGGCAAUGGAUAUGUCUUCUAGAUAG